CCACCCAGAACUGGAGCAGCGUCGCGGCAGCCCGACUGAACCUCUGUGUGUAUAUAUGCCUGCCCAGGGAGACAUGGACAACUGUUUCGUCGCGGCGACGCUGACCGGGGUGGACCGACGUUCCCUGCAGCGCUCAGCUAGGCUGGGUCAAGAAGUGCUGGAGCGGGCCAAGAGGCGGGCGGUGGACUGGCAUUCACACGAGCACCCCAAAGGCAGCUUGGGGAUUCUUUCCCGGGAGGGGUCCUACCAAGAAAGACUACUGGCAGCGGGCCCCCAGCCUUUUCUUCCUGUAGAGAGAGAAGAAAGGCACCCAACCCUUAGUGCAUCCUUCAGAACAAUGGCUGAAUUCAUGGACUAUACUUCAAGUCAGUGUGGGAAAUAUUAUUCAUCUGUGGCAGAGGAAGGAGGGGCAACCCAUGUCUAUCGUUAUCACAGAGGGAAGUCGGAGCUAGACAUGUACUCUUACAGAAGGCAUGGUCAGAAAAAUGACAGAGAAAAGACAUCCUUCAGUUCAGGAAGCAUCUAUGAAACAUUAGCACAUGCUUCAGAGUCAUCCCAGCCGGCUGAGAACAUCUCAAAGGACCUCUACAUAGAAGUAUAUCCAGGGACCUAUUCUGUAACUGUGGGCUCAACUGCCUUGACCAAGAAGACUCAUGUAGUAGCAGUUGAUUCAGGACAAAGUGUGGACUUGGUCUUCCCUGUAUGAUGUUGGCUUUCACUGCUAUCACAUCACUCUUUUUUAAGUUGCAAGGAGAAUAAAGUCACCAUAUGAUUUUCUUAAUAACUACACAUUAAUCCUGCUUUUAGUGCUGACUGUAGAGGCCAGCCUUCUUGGGAACUGGAAUCUGUCUCUUUCAGUCCCAUUUUAACUUGAGAGUCCCCCAUCCUCCUUUGCCUAAAAGUAAUAAUGUGAUGAUGCUGUCUGAACAGUUUUUACUACUAGCUUUCCAAGUAAAGUCUAAUUAUGAUAAUAAAGGGAAAGGUUUGGAAACAGAGAAUUCAUUUUAUUGCUAUUAAAAAGAGGUCAAUGUUCCCCAUGUACAACUGUAGGUUUUAUGAAAAGACAGCAGAGAUGCUGAGGAGAUAUUUGCCCAAAGCAGGUCUACUAUGGGUCUUCCAAAGUGGCCUCUGUGGAAGUGGCAUUCUCAAGCAGUGCCACCAGACAGAGCCACUGGCUCCUGUGCCCCUUAUGAGUGGUGCCUUCCUGCUGCUCAUCUGCAGGGAAGUCUUAAUGGGGUGAAGAUGCUACUGCUUACUUGAUUCUCACCUGCAGCCUGUGUUCUACCUUCCAUUGAAGAAGGUCUUGUCAGCCACUCUUUAUAACUCUUUGUUAGGUAUUUACCAUCAUAAUCCUUUGAUUUUCUGUUAAAGAGAAAAAGAGAAAGAAAAAUCCUGAGUCUCAUGCUAAAAUUCUAAGGAUCAAGGGCUGGGGUUGUAAUACAGUGGUAGAGCACUUUCUUUGCACACAUGAGGCACUGGAUUCAAACCUCAGCACCACAUAAAAAUAAAAAUAAAGCUAUUGUGUACAUCUACAACUAAAAAAAAAUAUUUUUUAAAAUAUUUUAAAAAUUUUAAGAAUCAAAAAUCACUGGAUUUAAAUCCAAGAAUCAUUUAGAUUCAAAUUUUUAAAAAGUAUUGAUAUAAGACUUUAAUCUAUCACACCAACAGCCUAUUGAAUUAUAUCAUUUUGAACAUAGCUAAUCUUUCCUCAGGAAAAAUGCUACAUAUUAUCUGACUAUUUUUAAAAAUAAAGUUUUAAAUAGAUUUAUAAUAGCAUUCCUGCAAGGAAAGAAGGCCUACUAAAGCAGACCUGUGUCUAAUGUCAUGGGACAGCAUUAUUUAAAUGGAGAGCCUUCCUUGUAUUUCCCCUCCCACAAGAAACUGAUGAUGAGUUUCAUGGUUUCUAUAAGCGGAAAUUAUAUACAAAAUUAUGAAUACAAUUUUCUGGAAAAGGGAGCCCUGGGUUUUAUAACUCACACAGUGAUUGUGACUCCAGAUAGAUUGAACUAUGUAAGAGCCCCUGAAAUGACCCUUCUCAGCCAUUCUGCUUUACCUAGACCCCCCAGGGCUUUUAGUUUGAAUUCUUGGGAAUUCUUGUCCCUUGGAUGUGUCCCUGACUUAGUUUUCUAUGUUCAGCUUCCUCUGGCGGGGUCUGCAGUGGCUUCACAUUGGUUGCUUUCAGGGUCAGCUCCUUGGUAGUCCCCACUACUGCAGUUUGUACUCUCUGCUGUUUGUUGUCCUUCUCUUCUUUCCAGAUGUUGCAACCUCUUGUUCCUAAAUCCAAAAUAAUUAGAUAUGGUGAAUAUGUUACAAUUUUGAUGAGAUUGGUCUUUAUGAAAAGUGGAACUACAUUAAGGGUCACUGAACUUAAGCAUCUGUAAGCUGCUAGUAUUGUACUGUAUCUUUAAAGAGAAAUAAACUUUGUUAAUCAUU